GAGGACUUCCUCAUAAAUACUAGAAAGACAGUGAGUGAGAGAGAGAGAGUGUGUGUAUGACAGGAAAUUGCAGUUUGCUGAAAGCAGCUGAGCUACAUUUCAACACAGUAAACCAGCAGAAAUCUAAGAUGCUGACGAGUAAAAGAGGUUAACUAACAGCGUUCCAGAAGGCAAUUAGCAUGUCUCAGAUUAUUUAUCCUGCUUUACAAGGCCCUUGUAAAAAAUCCUCAUUAAUCAGAAGGGCAGCACUCUUUGCACUGACAGCAUAUGGGAUCAAAACUCUCUACCCUUUUGUUUAUAAAGCAUUUUUAAAGAGAAAGACGCAGUUGCUGAAGUCCCAGCCUAAUGGGACCCCAAAGGGAUCUACUGAAAACCAGGGUACAGCCCCUGGAGUUAAUAAAGACUUUUUACGCAGGCUAGUCUACUUGCUUAAAAUACUUUUCCCCAGGAUCCUUUGUCACGAGUUUGGGCUUCUUGGCAUGCAUUCAGUUGCUUUAAUCUCAAGAACUUUUUUGUCAAUCUAUGUAGCCAGCUUAGAUGGUAAGAUUGUUAAAACUAUUGUAAAGAAAACACCCAAAGACUUUAUCUUUGAAUUGACUAAAUGGUUGCUAAUAGCAAUCCCUGCUACCUUUGUGAAUAGUGCCAUCCGCUACUUGGAGGGUAAACUGUGCCUGGCAUUCCGUACACGGCUGGUGAACCAUGCAUAUAAACUUUACUUCAGUGAUCAGACAUACUAUCGGGUCAGCAACAUGGACAGCAGACUGGCCAACCCUGACCAAUCGCUAACUGAAGAUAUUGUUAUGUUUGCUGGCUCUGUGGCUCACCUUUAUUCUAACCUUACAAAGCCCAUUCUGGAUGUCUCCUUGACUACUUAUACACUUUUGAAUACUGCAAAAUCCAAAGGUGCUAACACUACUUGGCCUUCCUUCAUUGCUGGGCUUGCAGUCUUUGUAACAGCAAAAGUACUGCGGACUUGUUCACCUAAGUUUGGGAAGCUUGUUGCAGAGGAAGCAAAGAGGAAAGGAGAGCUACGGUACAUGCAUUCACGAAUCAUCACCAACUCAGAAGAAAUUGCAUUCUAUGGUGGACACAAGGUUGAACUUUCCCUUCUCCAACACUGUUAUAAGGAUUUAGCAUCACAAAUAAACUUGAUCCUGUUUGAGCGGCUCUGGUAUGUGAUGUUAGAACAGUUCCUUAUGAAGUAUGUGUGGAGUGCUUCUGGGCUGGUAAUGGUAGCUGUGCCGAUUAUUACUGCCACUGGAUACUCUGAGAGUGACUCAGAGGAAGUGAAAAAAUUAGCUUUGGAGAUGAAGGAAGAAGAGUUGGUUAGUGAAAGGACUGAGGCAUUCACAACAGCACGAAACCUGCUAACUGCUGCUGCAGAUGCAACUGAAAGGAUCAUGUCAUCCUAUAAAGAGGUGACUGAGUUGGCAGGCUACACAUCCCGAGUGCACGAGAUGUUUACUGUAUUUGAAGAUGUGAGGAGCGGGAUCUAUAAACGUGCUGCAGAUGUACAAAGUCAUCCUGAGAAGGGAGCCCUCAUGAAGCAUGGUUUCAGGAUAGAAGGGCCUCUUGAAAUAAAAGGUCAGGUGAUCGAUGUGGAACAUGGCAUUAUCUGUGAAAAUAUUCCAGUCAUUACACCUACAGGUGACGUGGUGGUGGCCUGUCUAAAUAUGAAGGUGGAAGAAGGCAUGCACUUGCUAAUCACUGGACCAAAUGGUUGUGGAAAAAGCUCUCUUUUUCGUAUUCUUAGUGGAUUGUGGCCAGUUUAUAGUGGGGUUCUGUAUAAGCCUCCUCCACAGCACAUGUUCUAUAUCCCACAGAGGCCUUACAUGUCAGUAGGCACCUUGCGGGAUCAAGUGAUUUAUCCAGACACAGUAGAUGACAUGCACCAAAAGGGAUUUGAUGACAAGGAUUUGCAAGAUAUCCUCAAUAUUGUAAACCUAAACUACAUUGUGCAGCGAGAGGGAGGCUGGAAUGCAGAAAGCGACUGGAAGGAUGUUCUGUCAGGUGGUGAGAAGCAAAGAAUGGGAAUGGCUCGUAUGUUCUACCACAGACCAAAGUAUGCACUCCUGGAUGAAUGUACCAGUGCUGUCAGCAUUGAUGUGGAAGGAAGAAUAUUUCAGGCUGCCAAGGAUGCUGGGAUUGCAUUGCUCUCAAUCACUCAUCGUCCUUCACUGUGGAAAUAUCACACUCAUCUUUUGCAGUUUGAUGGAGAAGGAAACUGGAAGUUUGAAAAGUUGGACACCGCUGCUCGGUUGUCUCUGACUGAGGAGAAGCAGAGACUGGAAGCACAACUAGACGGUAUACCCAAGAUGCAACAUCGUCUGAGGGAACUUUGCAAGAUUCUGGGUGAAGAUACACUUGUUAGAACUGAUAGCAAGCCCGAGUUGGAGCUCGUAGAAUGAGGAUGCCUCUUCUCUAUGUUCAUUAUAAGGGUAGCAAGGCUUGAUAUUGGAAGAGCAUUGACAAAUGUGUGAAAGCAGACAUUAAGAGGGGGAUUAGACAAGCCUCUAGGAAGCGAAUCAGUUCUGAAUGCACUUGGCACAUUUAAUAGAAGCCUUUAGCAAGGGCAUUUAGCAUUCUUCUUUGAAUGUAGCACUAACAGAUGGCUGAAAUGCUUAUUGUUACCUCACCUCUUUCUCCUAAAAGCAUCACAGAUGCAGAUAUAUAUCACACAUGAUAAACUCUAUAAAUGAAAUAUCCAUAACUCUGCAGAGGAAUUAAGAAUUUUGAGUGUUUUUUUAUCUCUUUCAUUCAGAAAGAUUAUGUAACCACAGAAGUAAUGUGUAUAAAUUAUAGCAGAAUGUGGUUUUACCAAGACCAGUCAGAUGUAAUCCAACAAGAUUAUCUUGCGGUCAAAAGUUUCCCCAAUUCACCUCUUAAAUUAAAUUGAAGAGACAAGCCUUUUUAUGGCACAAGUUCAGGAUGUGAGGUCAUAUCAGUAUUUUUCUUAAUAGGUUAAAAACAGCAAUUUCUUCUUUCAUUUUUUUUUUUAUUCUUAAAAAAGAUAAAAUUAUAAAAUGCACUAGAUUUGGUCCUGUUCAUCAUUUUUCUUGCUGGGCUUAUUAACUUCCCAAUGGUAGCCAUAUAUUUUUAAGCAUAAAACAAAUAUAAAAUAUUGGUUUUAAUGGAAUAUUAGACCAAAGCCAGCACCUGAAUAUUAUCACCUCUAUGGUGAACCAACCUCACAGUUAUGCUCAUGUGAUGAAGAUGCAUCUGGGUUCACUGUUCAGUUUGCAUAGUCAUAGAAGUCCUAAGCAGCAUACAAUAGUGAUUUUGGCAUACACUUUGUCUGUAUUAACUCAUUGUUUGUGGAUUACUAAAUGUCACUAUGUUUUAAAAUGAUAGGACUGUAGUGGAAUGUAACAUUUUGCUCCUGUUUUGAGUAGACCCAAAUACAUAGCAUUAUUGAAUUUUGAUGUGGGCUACAGAAUGGAAACACUGACCUUGUACGUUUACAGUUUUCUGAAUUAGAAUCUGCAAAAGACUGACAUUUGUUCCAUGAAGUCACUUUAAUCAGCCGCAGCUGUUUAACUAUCAUUUUCAAGUAUGAAGUAUCUGCAUUCAUGUCCUACAAUAGCCUCCCUGUAUAAUUUUAGGUAGCCCUUUCCUUUUCGUCUCUUUACUCAAUGCAGAAGCACAAUGUGUCAUCCUUCUAUGAAAUGCAUUUGUUGCAGUUAGCCUUCCUAUUUUUUAAUUUGCUUAUGCUUACUUGAAGUGUUUUCUGGCACACCAUAAAGCAUGCAGAAGGAUUUAAGAAUGAAAAACAAAACUGUGUGCUCAAGAGGUUCUCUUAACACCAGCAUCUGCUGAUUAUACAUUGCAUGGCAUUAUUAUAUAUAGUUUUAUAUAUAUAUAUAUAUAUAUAUAUAUAUAUAUAUAUAGUCGAUAAUAGAGCUGAUGUCAGUAAUUCUUGCCUACUGGUGCUGAAAGAAAAAUGUAGGUCCAUCUCUUUAACUAUUCUGUUGUCAGGACAGAGGAAAUUUGAUAUUGAGCUGUUUUAUUGAAUUUUAGUCAUUACGUUUUCAAAAACUCUUAAGGGCAAAAAGUUGAUGAGAGGGUUAACAACAGUACUUUUUAAAUACAGUAGCUAGUCGUGUUGUAUCACCAUUUUCAGCUACAAUUUCCACAGUAGCAAUAGCUGCAUGUAUUUUUGAUGCCCACAUGUGACUUCUACAGGCUACCAGCACCAGCACCAGCAGACCAUUACUGUUGGUGGAUUGUCACUUGUGCACAGAACAUUGCAUUUCCUUGUCAACAGAUGCCAGAUAUGUUGCUCACUCCCAUGGCAACAGUGAGCAGAGUUUUUAGUUACUUGUGAUAUAUUCUCUAGACAUGUGUUUUUUCCUAUCUGCUCAGCAAAGAAUUUAAUUGAAGGACCACUGCAGCUCACUACAGCAUUGGUACUUCCCCGAUCAGGAUAUCAAGCAUCAUCUAUUAUACCAGUAACUUCUCGAGCUUCCUUCAGUUUUCAUGUUUCCUCUCUACUGUAAUAAUAGACUUUAGACAUGUUUUUAAUUCCUUCCAUAUGAGCUUGGAUGGUUGUAAUCACCUGUGAUUCAUAAGUGUAUAGUCUCCUUUUGAGUGCCUUAAAUAAAAUGUACUUGCUUGA